AUGGAUGACAAGAAGUCCCAAGUCGAUGCGCCUUCCAAAGAUUUUAAUGAAUUAAGUGCUUCAUUCGCUUCGGACUGCAAAAUUCAGGCUAAACUUGGCGGGAAAGAAGGGAUCAGCCUAGACGCGCUGGGCAAGGCCGACGAUCAAGCUACCCGGAAAGAGCAAGCAAUCAAACUGGAAAAUGUGGAGGAAGUGAUGGAUUACCUCUGUCAGGCGAUCGAGGAUAACGACGCGCUGCUCCAUCGGGCCGCGGAAGUCCUUAGACCUGGAGUGCCAGCUCAAGACAUAAUCAAUCUUGCAGAAGCCAUUUGCGCAGAACUCAAACUUGCGCAAGAGAACUCGCCCUAUCCUGAAGUGAGGCUCUUUAUUUCCAAAGUACUCUGGCGAAAUGAGUAUCUCUGA